AUGUCAGGGCAUUUUCUACCUUCAUCGCCGAUUGGGAGUGGUAGUUUGAGAUGUUUGGUAAAUGGAGAUGGAGAUGAAUCCUAUGGGGGUUGGUCGGAGGCGGGAUCGCCUAAGAGGAUGAAGAAAGGCGGGGGUUGGGUGAAGGGUGCAGACGUGAAGAUGGUUGAGAGGGAGUAUCCUACACCAAACCCUUCAUCUACUGUUGGGAGAUCUUCGUCGCCAGUAAGGACUCAGGAGAGCAGUUAUGUUUUGAGCGAUGGAGUGGCGGAGCAUGAGCAUGAGAAGGCAGAAUGUGUACUGGGCCGUCAGAGGUGUGUUGAAAUUGUUUUGGAUCCGACAAAGCCAUCGGUGUUGAGUGUAGGACGGCAGGGGUCUGUUUGUGAUGUGCGUCUACCUCGGGGUAGGAAUGUAUCUAGGCAGCAUGCGGUUAUCUCGUAUUUACCGCAGAAGAACCAGGUAAAAUUGGCGUGUACUGGUACAAAUGGAUUGGUAGUUUGUUUUCCUCGACGGCUACAGUAUGAGCUCGUGAAAAGGGUGGGCUCUGUGGAUAUAUUUGAGCUAGUGCUGGAAUCCAAAUGCAGUACUGUGAGUUCCGGGAAUUCUACAGGUAAGAUACUUGUGAAACAGCCUUCGUUAACGUCAUUUGUUCUCCUUAAGGGCGAAACGGUGAUAAUGCCGUUCGUGAAGAACACGGUAAUUGAUUUCAGGCAGUGCGUGGCUCGCCUUACGCUGUUUGAGUGCUUUGAUGAACAUGACGGCGGUGAUAGUGACAACGAUGACUAUAAUGUUCACAAUACUACUGAGACAGAAGAUGAACUCACACUGUUGAAUAUUAAUAGCGAUGACUUCCAUAAAGGCUGCCGUACACCGGUCAAAAAAUCAGAUGUGUUUGAAGUGCAAAAACGUUCUGAAGAAUUGCAUUUUAAGGAGUCUUCCCCUGUCGCCCAUCGUGAUGGGCCAAGCACUUAUAGUUUAGCCGCUACAACAAAAGUUGGUAAAUUACACUCAGUUGGUGGGAUUCAUAGUGGUAUAACGCCCGAUUCCUCAUUUAUUUUAGAACCUCCUUCAACACCUCUUAAAAAACACCAUGCAGAACAACACUCUUCGCUUUCAAAGCACCAUAAUACAGCAGUUCUGCAGCUUGGUGUCAACACAUCUAGUGACUCCAAGUUUGCAGAAUUAACUCCAAAGAAAUUAUCUAAAAGGAGACGGGAUGAGCGUCAACUUGAUGACUUUGAUUGGCAAGAAAAUUUGGAGGAUAUUAGGAAAAACGGUAUUGACCCUCAGGAGUUGCAAAAUGUCUUGGUAAAUCAUUUGGCCUUCUCUAACGUCCAGCAGGUUCCAAUAUCUUCGUUGCAGGAUGUCAACUCUACCAUUUCUAAGUUAACUCGCUGUCAAUUACGUGCUUUACUGGCCACAGAAAAAUGCAUUGGUGUCAUAUAUCGUACCGGUAAAGAUGCUGCUGGGAAACCCUUAGAUGAGGAGUACUACUAUGAUUUAGAAAAUGACCCUACCCAUAGUAGAAGGCAGCUUGUAUUAUCUUUGAAGGGGGGACGGACAGGAUUACGUUCCUGUAGGAGGGUUCACAAGCAAUACUUCUGGAAAAAGCCCACUAAAUAG